AUGGGCUUCAUCAACCGCCUGCUUGGCCGCAAGCAGAGCCAGCUUCCGCCCUUUGACUUCGCGCGCAAUCGAUAUCCCGCAAAGAAGAUAUGGCCGCCGAACCUCCGCGAGCUGACCGAGAAGCAACAAUACCACUUCGAGCGCAAGUUCAAGCGCCGCACACGGCUGAAGUCGAUCAAGCCGACCUGGAACAAGUGGACCAAGAUUGUGCAGUGGAGCCUGAUCAGCUUCAUCGUCGUGCACGGCGUCUUCUUCUACGACUUCUCCACCGAUCCCAUGAAUCCUACGCCAGGAAAGCAGCCGUUCCAAGGAUUGCGCGAUAAGAUGUGGGCGAUACUGGGUAGCUUCUACACGCAGAAGCCGUCUACGGUUGGCGUGGGCGGUCGAGGAGAAAGAAGGGCGGAACCGAUGGCAACUCCUCGGGCUGGCGUGGAGGAGUUCGACGAUGCGAAUCCCACUGCGAAGUAA